AUGCCGUGUAGCGUGCCGACCGCGUUCGCUGCGCAGGACGAUGGCAAGCACUACAAGAUGUGCAAGAAGAUAGCUCAACUCACCAAAGUUAUUUACACCUUGAAUAACUGUUCUGAGGACAAUGAGCAGCGCACCGAGUGGCUGCAUCAGAUGCACAGGCAAGAAAUAGCGCAGCUCUGCCAGCAGUAUGAGUCGGAGCUCGAAAAACUUCAGCAGCAGGUCUGUGCCUUGCAGACAGACAAGAGGAACAUUGCAACGUCCAUAGAGCGGUCUCUGAAGGAGCAACUGCAAGCAGCACAGGAGGCAUUCAUGACACGGCUGGCGGCUCUCUCACAACAGGCCAGUGAGCAGGAACUGAGCUAUGAGAGCUCACUGCGGGAGGAGAAGCAGCGAAUGGCAGCCGAGCUGGCAGCCGAGACGAAGCGAGUGCGAGAGAGCAAGGACGUAGAACUGCAGAGCCUCGUGCGUGAGUACAAUGACAAGUACAAAGCCAUGCUUGCCGAGCAGCUUGACUCGCGGGAUGCGCUGGAGGCAGCACUCAAGAAGGAGUGGGGGUGUAAAGUAGAGGCACUGCAGAUGGAGUUGGCAGCGGCGCAGGGCGACAUGAAGGCGCAGCUGCAGUCCAAGUCGAAGUUGCUGCAGGAGACACUGCAGCGAUGCGCGACACUGUCCAGCGAGAAGGACUUAUCAGCGGCUUCGUUGAAUGAGGCGCAGGCGCAGUUGCAGGCGUUCCAAGGGCAGCUGAGGCGCACUGAGGAGGAGCUGGCCUCCGAGCGGCGCCGGGCUGCGGUUGCCGAAGAACUCGAAAACCAACGAGAGACGAGGCGGGUAGCGUUGGAGUCUGACCGAACUGCCCUUCAGAGGGAAAACACGAAGGUGCAGGAAUCACUGGCGGCUGAGAAAGCGCUCAACGCGCGCCAAGCAGCCGCGAUACAGGCAUUGGAGAAUGAGAAAGCGUCCCUUUCAACAUCAAGGGAGGGGCUGACUCAGAAGCUGGAGGACUGCAAGGCUGCCCUCGCUGCCUGUACGGCACAACGCGACGCCGCGGAGGGGGAGCUCCGCGACUUACACUCCUGCUCUGCUGCCCAUGCCUCCUCGUUGAGUGACGCCACAUCGCAGCUAGGUGAGGCAAAGCAACGCAUCAUCUUCCUCGAGCAGGCGGUAGCAGAGGGACAACGGAAGCACGGCGAAGAGGCUGCGCAGGCGCAACAGCGUUUAGCGGCGGCGUCUCAUCAGGCGGCAGAGGAAGCGCGCGCUUCCCAUGCGAAGCACGAGGAGGAGCUGCGCAACGCGCGUGAGUCGCUGCAGUGGAACUUGUCCUCUGAGCAGCAGAGACUGAUAGAAACGCACACGAAGGUGCUUGAGGAGCUUAAGCGGCAGCAUGAGACAGAGAUGCGACGACUGCAGACGGAGAUGGCUGCCACGCAAGAGUCGUUUGAAAGGGCUUCGAGGAAGGCGGAUGCCACAGCUGCACUGGUUUCCGCCCUGACGGUUCGAAGCGAGGAGCAAGAUGCACUGCUCCGAAGCCGGGCCGAGGAGAGUGCGGCGGAGCGCCUGCAGUUGGAGCAGCAGCUACAACAGCUGCAGCUCGAAGUGAGCGCUGCCAGAAACAACGGAGCGAAGGAGACGGCCGCUCAGGUGGCUGCGCUGGAGCGCACACAAGCGGAGCACGCUGCGGAUUGCGCUGCAGCGGAUGCCGCGCACGCCAAGGCGUUGUGUGAGGCAGAAGAGAAGAGCGCUGCGCAGCUCGAUAGGAUUCGUCUGGACCACGCCAUGCUGCUAAAGGCGAUGCAGGAGCAGCACACGAUUGCCAUGCAGCGAGCAAAGGAAGAUGCAGCGGCGCAGGCUGCCUCGAUGAGCACCAGCGUCGAGACAAGACUUGCUGCCCAGCAGCGGGAUUAUGAGGAAAGGCUCGCUGUGGUGCAUACAGCCGCGGCGACGACUGAGGGACAACUGCACACGCGCAUCACGGAGCUGCAGGCGCAACUACGUCAAACUGUUAACGAGAUGUCCACGCUUCAAGCGUCCAGCAGUGAAGGGCUUCGGCAACGGCAGGCAGAUCUCGCGCAGCUGCAGUCGGCCAUGGCCAAGGCUCAGGCAGAAGCAGCUGCCUCGCUCGAUUCGGCGCGCCGCGAUGCUGAGGAGCAACGACGUAACGAGGUGAAUUCACUGGAGGUGAUGCGUCAGCAGCAGGUAGGUGCCGAGCGACAGCGUUAUGAGGUCGCUGUGGCAGCCCACAAUGAGGAGAUUGCGAGAAUGGAGGCGCACGCCCAUGAACGCAUGGCAGCCACGGAAACACGCCUGCAAGAGACUAAGGCGUCACUCGAAGCGAUGCGGAUAAAGGGCAUGGAGGAGCUUGAAGGGCGGCUCAACAUGAUGCACCAGCGGCAGGUGCGCGAGCUCACUGAGGCGCACGACACUGAGCGCGACCAGCUGCAGAGCUCAAUUGGUGCAAUGAACGUGCGGCUCAAAGAACUCAUUUCCUCGUUGGCCAGCAAGGCGGAGGCGUUAGAGGAACUCCUUGCCCAACGCGACCAAUUACUGGAGGACCUCACCACCGCUAAGCGCAACGGUGCGGCCGCUGUCACUGCUGAACAGAACCGUCGCGCAGCGGACCUAGAGGAGCUUCGCUUGGCGCAUCAGAAAGAACUAAACGCGCUCAGCGCCACACACAAGGAGAUCGUAGACGACUUUUCUCACCAGCAGGCCGAGGAGCGGCGUGCGCACCAGGCUCUAGUAGAUCAGCUGCGCGGCACGACCGAGGAGCUGCAGUACAAGUACAACUACCGCGAGUCUCGACCAGAGGACGUCGAGCUCAUAAACAAGCUUCUUCUGGACAUCAAGGAAAAGGAAUGUGCUUUGAACAAGGCCUACGAAGACAUGCGCCUGUACAAACUGGAGCUCAUCAACAGAGAGGAAAACUACAACAAAGUCUUUGGUCGACACCCCACCGUGGCGGACUACUCUGGUGUUGCACAGGCGGCCACAAAGGGCCAGUCCGCGCUGCCCAGCAUCGGCGCCAUACGCAAAUUCUCCACACGGUAG